AUGCCUCACCUUUGCUCGACGCCUGCUCGGGUCCGUAGCCGAGUACUUCUGGAUCCUCCUGGUGUAGAAUUCCUCGGUACUGUGAAAUGUCUCCUACGGGUGUACAUUGUGGAGGCGAGAAAACUGGUUUCGCAACGAAAGAACGGCAUGUGCGACCCGUAUCUCCUUGUGAGAUGCGGAAAGAAAAUGAUAAACUUGAAGAAGAAGUAUCGAGCGGACACUCUGGAGCCAAUUUUCGGUGAAUGCGUCGAGAUGGAAGUCAAUAUCCCAGUAGAGAAGGAUCUGAUCAUCACUGUGAUGAUUAUCAUGGAAUAG